AUGGCUAGCAACGUUUGGUUCAUCGCAGGAGCAAGCUGUGGCUUUGGCCGUGCUAUCUGCCUCGAAGCUUUGAAACGAGGUGACAAAGUAGUUGCCACGUCCCGUAAUCUAUCCAAGAUGGCAGACCUCGAGGAAGCCGGUGCCUUAGUCCUGGCUCUGGAUGUGACUUCCGAUGAUACGACUAUCCAAGCCGCGUUCCAGAAGGCCAUCGAUACCUACGGAAAGAUCACACACUGUAUCAACCCGGUAGGGUAUAUCUUAGAAGGCUCUGCUGAAGAAGCUUCGACCCAGGAAGUAUUCAAUCAGUUCAACACCAAUGUCCUCGGCGUCAUGAAAAUAACACGCCACGCGCUCUACCACAUGCGCCCUCGCCGACAAGGCGUAAUCGCCAACUUCGGCAGUCUGGUCAACUGGCAAGGCAUUCCCGGCGCAAUCUACUAUUCCUCGACCAAGUCUGCCGUGACCGGGUUCACGGAGACGAUGCACCGGGAGGUCAGCCCGUUCGGGAUUUCAGCCGUCAUCAUCGAGCCUGGAUUCUUCCGGACAGAAAUUUUCGAAGACGGCGGUAGCAAUCGUAUCCGCGUUGCGAAGCCCUUGACGGAUGAAUACAAGAACACGCCUGUGGACGAGACGCGGAACCAUUUCAAUAUCCUCCACAAGCACCAGCCCGGCGACGUUGUUAAGGGCGCCAAGGUCAUUGUUGACGUGUUGACGCAGACGGGAGUCGCAGAGGGUAAGAAGAUCCCUCCGAGACUCGUACUCGGCCGCGAUACAUUCGAAGCCAUCAAGGAUAAGAUUCACAGCAUCGAGGUAUUGAUUAAGGAGUGGGAGGAUAUCAUUGUCAGCACAGAUCACGACGAUAUCAAGAAAUGA